AAAGAAAGGAAUGCAAACGUGUGUACUGUACUUCGACUGACAACAUGACACAAGCGAUGAAGUGCUCACGGAAGACAAUAACACACAGGAUGCAGGCGAUAAUACUCUUGAUAACUGAGCUUCUUUUGGUGUUUCAUGUGUCAUGUGCUGUAAAGGUCGAUAAACGAUCAGAGAAAAUCCAGGAUUUUUUGGAUAGAUAUGGCUACUCGGACUUCAAGAGAGCUGAAGCUCCUAAUGACAUCACAGCCGGAGAUACAGACCCGUUCCGCUCUGCAGUGGAAAGAAUGCAGCGAUUUUCUGGGUUGGAGCCAAGCGGCCAAGUCGAUGAUGAAACAUACAAUCUGAUGAGUUCGGCAAGAUGCGGAGUUCCCGACAUCAUACGUGAAGCAGACGAUGUUGAGGGCUCUGGUAGUGGUGUUAUCGAACCAGACGAAUUCGUUACUGGCCGAAAAUGGGGGAAGACUACACUAACAUACAGGAUUUUUGAGUAUACGAAAGAUCUCCCGAAAGAAGCAGUCGACGACGCAGUGGAAAGAGCUUUCCGCGUAUGGUCAGACGUUUCAUCACUUGUCUUUAACAAAGUGGAAAGUGGGCCAGUUGAUAUAGAAAUCCAUUUUACAGCUAUAAGGCACAUGGAUCGUUAUCCUUUCGAUGGUCCAGGCGGCACGCUAGCCCAUGCUUUCCAGCCAUCGGGAUGGAGAGGUCUAGGAGGAGAUGUGCACUUCGACGACUCUGAAACGUUCACAGUCGAAUCAGACAAGGGCAUAAACCUUUUUCAAGUAGCUUCUCACGAAAUCGGUCACGCACUUGGCCUUUCACAUUCUAAAGACUCUUCAGCGCUGAUGGCGCCUUACUACAAAGGAUUCGUUGCUGCUUAUAGACUACCCAUAGAUGAUGUCAGAGGAAUUCAAAAACUUUAUGGUAAAAAAACACUUCCGAAUCCACCGCCAACGUACACAGUAAGGGAGCCGGAUGCCUGUAGUAAAGGGUUCGAUGCGAUGGUGAAUCUAGGUUCUGUUCUCCUUGCAUUCAGGGGCGAUCGACUUUGGCGCAUUCGUCUAGGAAAAAGACAAACUGUCUUAACGAAGGAUAUAUUAGAGGGAGAUCAUAUUGACGAUUUAAUGACUGUACCUGGGCCAGUCGAUGCAGCCUACAAGAGAAAGUCAGAUGGGAUACUAAUACUUUUCAAAGGCCAACUGAUGUACGAGUACAAUGUACAUUCAGCAACAUAUGUCAAGUCUGAGAUCCGCACCCUCAGCACCAUGCUGCCCUCUAGUAUCGAUGCUGCGCUGACGAGCAGUAUAGAACAAUUGACUACGUAUCUCUUUAAAUGGGACAGGGUAUUCGUGUAUGACGAACUUCAUAAAACGAUUUCCAAUCCUAAACACAUCACUGACAUCUUUCCCGGCAUUCCAGACCACAUCAGCGGCGCUUUCAAUGGAAAUGACGGCUUUUAUUACUUUGUGAAAGAACACUACGUCUACAAGUACAGCGUCCAGGAUAAAAGAAUUGAAGACAACUAUCCGCAAUCAUUUAGCAAAACAUUCAUUGGUUGUAAACCUUAAAAACAAGGCAGCAUCUUACAAUUCGAAAAAAAAAAUGGGCCUGGACCUAUUAUAACGUUUGGAUGGUGUAGGCAAUAGGGAGGUUUCGCAAGCUUAGGAAAACGUUAACGAAUACGGUUACGUCAUUAUUGUUUUAGUCAACGUAGGCUGUUCAUGACUUUCAAAUGAAUCAACGUUUAUAUUCAGCUCGUAUAUGUAUUGUAAAAAUGUUUUCGGCACGAAUGACGAUAAUGAAUAUGACGUAUUUGUAUUCGUUAUCGUUUCGUAAUGUUGAAUAUUCAAAUUAGUUCUGGUAAAAUGUUGAAGUGUUUUGAAACUAUUCUCUAAAUUCACGGAUGUGUAUUUACAUGAUGUAAAUUAAGAUUCACGACUAAUAUUCUAAUUUAUAUUUCCUUUAAGCUCCUCCUGGGAUAUUGUCGCAAGAUCCCACGAUUACGCGACGACGAUGGUAGGACACUCAAAGGUUUAUUAAGAAAGCCUGGAAUAUAACAAUAAUUCUCUUUUUUUUAAAUAAUAACUCCUCAUCUAGAACAUCUUUUGUUUUGUUUUAAUAUAUAGACCGGAACGUUAUCGGCUACAGAUUUAUAGACCUAAGUGAAUAAAGUCUUGAGAACAAGUAUUUUCAAUUUAAUGUAAUGCAUCUGACGUAUUUCAAUGUUCCUAAAGUACAGUUUUAAAACGAUGUGCUUUUGUACUUUAUGUCCAUUCUUGUGAAAUAAAUGUAAUUGUCUCA